AUGGAAACAGAGGUUGAUAACAUCCCUCAAAACCUCUUUCGAUCCGCAAAGCGACGCAAGUUCGCCCGCCGUCGCCAAGAUGACGACGAAACGCCUGCUGGUACUGCCACUGAACCGGCCUCUGAGAACCAGGCAAACACUUCUCAAACUCCCGAGCCCAACCAAAGGAAUGAAUCAGAUGAAGGCACACAUACUGCCGGUGUAGUUCGUAUGCGGCGACCAAAAGCUCUACACAAAGGAGGCAUUGGCUUUUCCGCCACGGCGCGACCAUCGAGCAAGACUGGCGACACCCAAAUUGCGCUCGUCCCAACCGAAGAGCAAGAGAAGGAAACAAUUCAAGCCAUGGCCGAUCGCUUCCAGACAUACACAGGCCAGGCAGAGGAUGUGGAUAAACACAUGAUGGCAUACAUAGACGCAGAAAUGGCUAAGCGCUUCCGCCGAGGCCCAACGACGGAGAGCGCAUCAACAGAACGACCAGAACCUAAACCCGUGUCUGAGGUUACGUCUGCCCCAGGACAGCCACAUGAGCGACUUCCAGCCUCACUAGGCAAGCUUCACGAAAUCGACCUAGGACAGGAGACGAAACUGCAAAACAUUGCCAGGACAGAGGCUGCCGCGCGUCGUCUAGCAGGUGACGAGACACAUGAACCCAAUCAGUCGAUAGACCGCGCAGGAUCGUCCACGAAGCAAGGACGAAACCGAAAGCGUCGUACUAGCGCAGACAUUGAGCGCGACAGAUUGGUCGAAGAGAUUCUACGCGAGAGCAAAUUGGACGUCUACGACGAACCCGAGGAAGAACCACAAGACGGCGAUAUGGCAGCAGACGAUCGUAUCGCCGAGCAAUUCCGACGAGACUUUUACGAUGCCAUUCAAACACGUCGGAGGGCUCGCCCUGCGAAGACGGCGAAGACGGCUAGCAAGACCGAGGCACCAAAGGGCCCUAAGCUCGGAGGCAGUCGCAGCGCGAGAGCAGCAAUGCGUGAAUCCCAGGCAAAAGCUGCGCGAAAGUAA